UUAACACAGGUGAAUCCAUCGACAGAGGACGUUCUUGCAUCGAUUACACCGCACUCCACGUCAAAGUUUGUUUUAAAAUGGCGGCGGAAGCGGAGAAACAGGUAUGAGUUAUUAAACCCCGCAGCUGAAAGGGUGACAUGAUGCCGUUUGUACAUUUUAUAAAGUAGUGGGAGCGGACUUUAUCUCCUGUUUCGUCGCCGGAGGAGAAAGCGGAGAAGUUGUUGGCCUUUGUUUCCAGUAGAGGAAGCGCUGCGGAGGGGAACGUCAGCAGCAGCAGCAGCAGCAGCUCGGGGAGGAAGGAGGCGCCACCGGCUGUUCGCGCUGUUUUGACCCCCUGCAGGGACUUUAUGCGGCAGCUCAUGACUUUCCUCCGCUGCCGGCUGUGUGGGGGAGCCAGGGGGGCGGUGGCGGUGCAGCAGUAGCCCCAGCAGCAGCAGCAUCCUCAGCAUGGAGCUCUCCGGGCGGAGGGCACCUGUCAUCCACCUGUAGCGUCCAUCAGCGGCGCCAUGGCAAACCCGAGCCUCGGUCCACAGAACCAGCUGGACGGCCGCUCUGGGGCAUCUGGGGGAGUCGUCAUGAAGAACGGCUCUGUGAGCACAGAGGCCCCCAGCCUGCAGGAUAAACCCGCCUCCACCUCGUCCGCUCAGCUCGUCCUGCCCACUUAUAAACCGUCCUGCUCCUCCAUUCCCAUCUACUACUGCAGCCCCCGCAAAAACUGCUCCUACCUGGACCCAGACAGUCACAGCUUAACCUCUCAGGACUCAGGAAUCCCAACUCUGGAGAUCAAUCCUCCGGACCCCCUCCUCCACAGCCCCCAUCAUCAUCAUCCUCCUUCAGAUGACGCCGGCGGGGACUCUCCAGCCACUUUACCUCUGGACGACGGCAGCAGCAGCAGCAUGCACAGGUCGUCCACCUUCCCCCGCAGCGGCUACGACUCCGCCCGGCACUUCAGCCCCACCGUCAGACUUGGCGUCGGGGGCGGCGCCCUGAACCGCAGCGACGACAUCUCUGUGUGCAGCGUGUCCAGCAUGAGCACAGAGCUGUCCGUCUCCAACGAGGACAUCCUGGACUUUACCGUCACGUCCAACUCGAGCGCCAUCGUAACCCUGGAAACCGAUCUCAGCGGCUCGGCUCACUUCUCGGACGUGACGCUUUCUUCGCCGACGGGGGAAACGUGGAGUCCUGGUCGGGGUCAUCUGGGGUCGGGCGUCCUGCAGCAGGAAGACGGGAAGCUGAAGAAGCUGGGGCCGUUUGCAAAUCUGUUCAACAGGAACCUGUUUGCCAAGAAGGUGAAAGAAAGUCGACCGCCGGAGCAAAAAGAUCCUGGUUGGAAGCUGUUUGGGAAGGUCCCACCGAGAGAAGGCGCCGUAAAGGACCCCAGGAAGAUCCAAAAGGAAUAUGAAACAAAGAGUGGCAGAGCUGGCAACCAGACAUCCCCCAGGCCGGGUGUGAGGAAAAACCUGGACUUUGAGCCCCUCUCCACCACGGCGCUGAUCCUGGAGGACAGACCUGCUAAUCUGCCCGCCAAGCCUGCAGAGGAGGCCCAGAAACACAGGCAGCAGUAUGAGGAGAUGGUGGCCCAGGCCAAGAAGAGAGAGCUGAAGGAAGCUCAGAAGAGGAAGAAGCAGCUGGAGGAUCGAUGUAAGCUGGAAGAGAGCAUCGGCACGGCAGCCCAGAUCUGGAACCAAGAGAUCUUACCCAACUGGAGUACAAUGUGUACAUCCCGGCGAGUGAGGGACCUGUGGUGGCAGGGCAUCCCCCCCAGCGUCAGGGGCAAAGUAUGGAGCCUGGCAGUGGGCAACGAGCUCAACAUCACACACGAUCUCUAUAACAUCUGUCUGGCCCGGGCCAAAGAGAAGUGGGGGAGGACAGCAGCUCCCAGCACUGAACCUGAAGAUGUUAUUGAUUCUUCUGACCGUGAGUCCAGUCUGGAGUUGAUCAAGCUGGACAUCUCCAGAACAUUUCCCCAACUGUGCAUCUUCCAGCAGGGCGGGCCCUAUUAUGACAUGCUGCACAGCAUUCUGGGAGCGUACACGUGUUACCGACCCGACGUUGGCUAUGUUCAGGGGAUGUCCUUCAUCGCCGCCGUGCUGAUCCUCAAUCUGGACACGGCCGACGCUUUCAUAGCUUUCGCCAACCUGCUCAACAAGCCCUGUCAGAUGGCCUUCUUCCGAGUCGACCACAGCCUUAUGUUGACGUACUUUGCAGCGUUUGAAGUGUUCUUUGAAGAAAACCUACCAAAGCUCUUUGCACAUUUCAAGAAAAACAACUUGACCCCUGAUAUUUAUUUAAUCGACUGGAUCUUCACGCUGUACAGUAAGUCUCUGCCUUUGGACCUGGCGUGCCGCGUUUGGGACGUGUUCUGCAGGGACGGCGAGGAGUUCCUGUUCCGCACGGCGCUGGGCGUGCUGCGCCUCUACCAGGACGUCCUGACCUCCAUGGACUUCAUCCACAUGGCUCAGUUCCUGACCCGCCUGCCGGACCUCAUCCCUCCCGAGCAGCUCUUCCAGCACAUCGCCGCCGUCCACAUGACCAGCCGCAACAGGAAGUGGUCACAGGUCCUGCAGACGCUGACGGAGCAGAAGAAGUCGGGGGCGAGGCUUUCCGGGGCCGAGGCAUUGAGCUGAGGUCAGAGGGGGCGUCCCACACUAAGAUCCUGUUCUGGUGGGGGGGAAGGGGGGGUCCUGCUGUAGCUGCUGUGAUGGAGCUCCUCUCUGCAGAGCCGCAUCGCCAAUCAGACCCUAAACCAGCGUCCACCAGCAGGGUUUGUCUGCGCUGAUGCACAGGUGUGAGGAAGGAACACGAGGCCUUAAUUUGACUCUCACCCCCUCCCCCCAUACCCCUCUCUACCCCGAAGCCCAGCAAUGAACUGGAAACUGUAGCUGGGGGAAAAAAAAAAA